ACAUAGUGACCUUAAGGGACGUUUUAAGCUCAAGGUUACUCGUUCAUGCAGAUGAUCCGUUCUUAUCAUUGAGCUAAUAUUGUAUGUACAAUGAGCCAGUGCGAUCAGCAGCCUUUAAGUUUAGAACAAAUCAACCUAAAGGUUGGCGAUGUUGUGUACGUGGGUUCCGGGACUCAGAGAAUAGGGAAAAUCGAGUUCAUUGGAGAGACUCAGUUCUCUGCUGGGGAGUGGAUUGGUAUCAGUUUGUUUUCUCCACUGGGGAAAAAUGAUGGUAAAGUUGACGGUGUUGUUUACUUUAGCUGCAAACCGUCACAUGGAAUAUUCUCGAAGCGUGCUAACGUUCGACUUGCAGGGAACGCUGAUUUAUCAGAGUCUCACGGAAAUGUUGGGUCAAUGGUUCUUGGUGAUGUAAUAUCAGGUGAACAUUGCAAACAGAACAGUGUUGUUGAUUUCGGUAGUGUCUACUCAUCCAAAUAUUCAGCAGUAAAUUCUCCUGUUACAUCCGCGCAACGUGCCCUUCAAACUGGCGAUCAUGUACAGGUAUCUGGGGGUCGUAUCGGUAUUCUGCGGUAUCUUGGACCAACAGAAUUUGCUGUUGGUGAAUGGGCUGGUAUUGAGUUAGAUGAGCCUAUAGGGAAAAAUGAUGGUUCUGUUGCGGGCAUACGGUAUUUCACUUGUAAACCAAAUCAUGGAUUAUUUGCAGCUGCUAGUCGUGUUGUACGUGCUGGUGGUAAGGAUGAAUGUCACACGCCUGGUUUUGAUGUUUCGAAAAAUAGUCAACUUCGCCGUAGUCAAGAAUCCUUAUUGUCCUAUUCAUCCAACUUAAGUUCAGUAUCACGAUCUUAUCAAGCACAGAAGAAUAAUAAUGGAUUACAGGCACGUAAUGGUAUGACUGGGAGCCGAAGGCCUACAUCCUCAGUCAAUACGUCCUGCCGUAGAGAAACCGCUUCCAAUUUACAAACACUUCAACGUUUAAUUAAAGAAAAAGAAGCACAUAUUGAACAACUUUUACAAGAGCGUGAAAUUGAACGUUCCGAUUUAGCUAAGGUUACUUUGGAAAAAGAAAUGGCUCAAGCUGAAACAGUGAAUCAGAGAGCUGUUAUACAAAAUUUGAAUCAACGGUUAGAAAAUAUGGAAGCAGUUCUGCAGCAUUUACGUGAUGAACAUGAACAGACAACAAUUAAACUUCAGGAAGAAAGAAAAAAUCUUGAAGAUUUACAAUUUAGAAUGGAAGAAGAGAAUAUUGACAAGACCACAUUAGAAUCACAGAAUGCAGAUGAUGAAUCAAAAAUAUUUGAAUUAGAAGAAGCCUUAAUGUCAGCUCGUGAAGCAAAUGAACUCAUGGAAACAGAGUUGAAUAAAGUUAAAACAGAAUUGAAUAAUCUUUUAAAGAAGCAAUCAGAAGUGAUAGUCACUCAUAAUGAUCAAAAUAAACUAAAAGAUCAGGAGGAAGCUUCUCUUCAAAUUACUAACUCUGUAUCUGCGAUGCUUAUUCCAGUAAAUGAAAAAGAUGAGCAAACUUUGAAAGUGGAAUGCGAUCGACUACGUCUAUUAUUAGCUGAACGUCAGUCAGAGGCAGAAAAUCUGCUUAAACGUCAAGCUGAAACAAUUGAAGCCUUAACUGUUGAUUUUAAUGGACAAAUUGAGAAAUUGAAUUGUCAGUUACAGAAUUCAUCUGUUGAAAUUAAAACAUUCAAAGAGGAAAAUAAUGAAUUAAAACAACAGAAUGAUAAGUUAAUCAUAAAUCUAAAAAAUCAAAUUGAACAAUUAAAUAAACAAUUAACAGAACAAGAAAAUAGUGCUAAUGAGAAAUUAGUAAUAUUUGAACAAAGAAUUGCAGAAUUGAAUAAUUUAUUAGAGAUAGAGAAAUCAAAAUCGACUUCAUCAUUUAACGAUCAUCAUCAAACCUCUGGUGAAGAGUUGAACAACUUGAGAGAACAACAAAGAGCAAUUAUGGAAGAAUUAACAGAAUAUCAUAAUGUUGUCUUGUCUAGUGCUGAAUCAUGUCAUGCUUUACAAGUAGAAGAAGUGAAUAAUUUACAAGUGAAUGAUGAAACCACUAUUAGUUUAUCAUCAUCAUUAUUAUUAGAAAAACUUAAAGUACAAGAGGAAUUGUUAAAUGAACAAAAGGAGCAAUUGACUAAUUUUAAACUAAAAUAUGAAACAUCAAUUCAUGAUAAAGAGAAUUCUGAAAAUAAACUUUGUGAACUUGAAGACAAUUUAGAAAGAAUCAAAGAAGAAUUAGCUGAAUCGAAAGCUAGACAAGAUGCCUUACUAGUAGAAUUGAAUGGGACACGUUUAAAACGUGAUCAAUUAAUGGAAGAAAUUUCAACAAUUCUAGGUGAUUUGUCUGUAGCUGAAAAAUCUGAGAAUUUAUCAACAGUACUUCAUCAGCGUAUUAAUGAUUUGAAAGAGCAAAUAUCGUGUCAUGAAAAAAAUCGUCAAGAUUUAGAAAAGUAUUGUCAGACAUUGGAGAAUGAACGUAACGAACUUGAAAGUGAAUUGACCAGAGUUAAUGUGACUUUAAAGAAUGCUAUGGAAGUACAUGUGGAUAGUUCAUCGUUGAAAGAAGAACUUGAUAAUGCGCGACAAAAAAUGCUUUCGUUGGAGAAGAGUGCAUCAAAUGCAUUCGAUCAACUUGAAGUAAAGUCGAAUGAAUUACAGGCAAUUCAAGCUCAGUUGGAUAAAGUAUUGAAUGAUCAAAUGGAACUUGAGAAGGUGCAUAAUCAUAGUAUUACACUUUUAGAAUCUGAGAAACAAGUAUUAUUGAAGCGUAUUGAAGAAGCUGAGAAUCGUUUAUCUGAACAAAAACAAAAACAGUCAAUUCCAACAGCACUGAACACGAAUAAGUCAAGUCAGGAUUCUGAACAAGUUGAUGUUAAUGGUUUACUUGAAGAAAAAGCAUCAACAGAAUCACAAGUUGCUUUCCUAAAUUCGAUCAUUGUUGACUUGCACGCUAAAAAUGCUGAACUAGAAUCUCGUGUACGAGCAAUGCUUGUUGGUACAGAUGAACAAUUAGACUCACCUUCUAAUAGACGUGCAAAAUCUCGUGGUACUCUACCACCUCCACGUUUAUGGUGCGACAAUUGUCUUGUUUUCGACAAUCAUGAUACAAAUGACUGUCGACAGUUAACUACCAAUAAUCAUAAUAAUAAUAAUAAUAUUCCCAAUCAUAACCUUCGUUAUCGGGAUAUUAUUAAUGGUACACAUGUUACUGGUAGUCGUCUUAUCAUCAAUCCAACUACUACUGAUGUUAAUGAUGAUCAAAUUUGUAGGAAAUCUUCAUUAAAAGCUUAUCAUAAAAGUUUUUCUUUGAAACACCAAACAUCGAAUCGAGUAUAUUGUGAUAACUGUGGCGUAUUCGAUAAUCAUACAACUGAGAACUGUAAUGAUACACAAACAUUCUAA